AUGGAGGUGGAAGCAACAGCCCAGCGCCGCGCGCAGCAGCAACCAUGCAAGAACGGCAGCGUCGAGCAGCUCCCCAGCGGCGCCGCUAAACCGCUCCGCCACAACCCCCUCCUCGUCAUCAACUUCCUCCUCAUGGUCGUCGGCUCGGCGUUCGGCCCGCUCCUCCUCCGCGCCUACUUCCUCCAUGGCGGCACGCGAAAGUGGCUCUCCAGCCUGCUCCAGACCGCCGGCUGGCCGCUCCUGCUCGCGCCGCUCAGCGCCUCCUUUCUCUCCCGCCGCCGGAGCAACAAAAACGGCUGCUCGGCCACGCCGCUCUUCCUCAUGUCGCCCCGCCUCCUGGUCGCGACCGUCGCCGUCGGCCUCAUGACCGGCCUCGACGACCUCCUCUACGCCUACGGGCUGGCCUACCUCCCGGUGUCCACCUCCUCCAUCCUCAUCUCCACGCAGCUGGCCUUCACGGCCGGCUUCGCGCUGCUGCUCGUGCGCCAGCGCUUCACGGCCUUCUCCGUGAACGCCGUGGUGCUGCUCAGCGUCGGCGCCGCCAUGCUGGGCAUGAACGCCGGAGGUGACCGCCCCGCGGGGGUGACGCGGGCGCAGUACUACGCCGGGUUCGGCAUGACGCUGGGCGCCGCGGCGCUCUACGGCCUCAUGCUGCCCGUCAUGGAGCUCAGCCAAGCGAGGCACGCGGCGAGGACCGGCGCGGCCGUCACGUACACCCUUGUCAUGGAGAUGCAGAUCGUCAUCGGGUUCACCGCUACGGCCUUCAGUGCCAUCGGGAUGUUUGUGAACAACGAUUUCCACGUAAGUUUUUCAGCCCACAGCUCUUCUUCUGCUGCUGUUGUUAACUUGUUAUACAGCCCCACAUACACUUUCUUGUAG